AUGGGACGGGUUGGCCCGACACGGCCCAAAGGUGGACGGCAUUGUCAAGCCACAGUCGACAAGAGACAGUUGUACGACGACGGAGGCCAGGAUCCGAGCCUUCAAGCCCUGCAUUUCCGCGAAAUGGUGGUGGCGAAACUCGAGAGAGGUCUAAAGUUGGAGAUGUUGAGGUUUGAAGUUGGAGAUGGAGGCGAAAUGGUGGUGGCGAGACUCGAGAGAGGUCUAAAGUUGGAGAUGUGGAGUUCAAGAUGGAACUUUUAA